AGGGAUCAUUGGAGUUCACGGAAGUAGGAUGUAAACUUCAGAAACGUGACGUGUUUUGGUGUGAAAGAUGUUUUAAACGAAAUACACAAAAGAUUCCGACAUAUUGUCAAAGAAAUGAUAUAGAGUUCCAACAAUUCGAUCUUCUUAUACCGUUGUCUCCAUUUGUAGAGGCGGACUUACAACAGUUCUUUCAUCAUGAAGUCUAAUCCAUUCACAUGUCUUUCUUUCCAAAGAAAAACCUUUAUUUCUGGAAAUAUCAGCAAUUACCGGACGUUUAUUUAUUAUUUCUUAACCUUAUUAAUUUUAUCUAGUCACAUGUGCUCUGCAUAUUAUGUGAAUCAGUUUGCCGUCCAUAUUAAAGGGGGGAGCGUCACAAAAGCGAAUAAUCUUGCAAAGGAAUUUGGAUUUAUAAAUCAUGGACAGAUCGGUACUUUAAAUGAACAUUAUUUAUUUGAACACCAUGACGUAAGAAAAAGAUCUGCUGAUCCAAGUUUACAUCAUCAUUCACUUCUGUUUGAACAUCCUGAGGUUCACUGGGUUGAGCAACAGUAUGUUCACAAAAGAACAAAAAGAGAUCUCACAUUUAAUGACCCAGAGUAUAAAAACCAAUGGUAUCUCCAUGAAGGAGGAAAAAGAGGCACAGCAGGUACUGUUGGGUAUGACAUGAAUGUUAAAAGAGCCUGGGAGAUGGGUUAUACUGGUAAAGGAGUUGUUGUUACUAUAUUAGAUGAUGGUAUCGAGAGGGACCAUCCUGAUCUCAUAAAAAAUUAUGAUCCAUAUGCUAGUUAUGACGUAAACAACAAAGAUAGUGACCCUAUGCCAAGAUAUGACCCCACUAACGAGAACAGACAUGGAACAAGAUGUGCUGGUGAAGUGUCGGCGUCUGCUAAUAACUCAAACUGUGUGGUAGGAGUAGCUUUUAACUCAGGGAUAGGAGGUGUGCGUAUGUUGGAUGGUGAGGUAUUUGAUGCAGUUGAGGCCACAUCAUUAAGUUUUAAUAAGACUCAUAUAGACAUCUACUCUGCCAGCUGGGGACCAGACGAUGAUGGCAAGGUGGUAGAUGGACCAGGACGUUUGGCAUGGAAAGCUUUUGAAGAUGGAAUCAAAUAUGGCCGUGGUGGUAAAGGGUCUAUAUUUGUAUGGGCAUCAGGUAAUGGUGGCAGUGCUAUGGACAGUUGUAACUGUGACGGGUAUACGAACAGUAUAUUCACUCUGUCAAUCAGUAGUACCUCAGAACAUGGAACACGCCCCUGGUACCUGGAGGAGUGUGCUUCUACAUUAGCUACAACUUACAGUAGUGGAGCAUACCAUGAAAGACAGAUUGUCACCACAGAUUUAAGGAAGAGAUGCACUAGUACACAUACUGGUACUUCAGCUUCAGCACCACUAGCAGCAGGACUUGUCGCUUUAAUGUUAGAAGCAAAUCCUGGUCUGACAUGGAGAGAUGUCCAGUAUAUAACCUUACUGACCUCAAUUACAGAACCAUUCCAAGACGGAGAUUGGCUUAUAAAUGCUAAAAAUAGAAAAGUUAGUUUGAAAUAUGGUUAUGGACUGAUGAAUGCCACUGGUAUGGUAGAUUAUGCCUUACGAUGGACAAAUGUACCAGAGAAACAUAUCUGUACCAUGAAUUCUCCUAAAAUAAAUGUACAAAUAACAAAUGCUCAUUAUGAAGAUUCAAUAACUACUGAUGGAUGUAAGGGAUCUAGUAAUGAGGUCAACUACCUGGAACAUGUGCAGGUCAAGAUAACCUUAAACUUUCAUCGCCGUGGUAACGCAGUCAUUCAUAUAACAUCUCCUAGUGGAACUAAAUCAACAAUACUACCUCAGAGACCUAAUGAUAUUAUGAAGGGGGGAUUCAGAGACUGGGCAUUCUUAUCUGUUCAGUUCUGGGAAGAGAACCCAUCAGGAACUUGGAAAUUAGAAAUUGAUGAUCAUCGUUCAAACUCUGCCUGGGAAGCUAAUUCUCCACUGCUAAAAGGAACUUUAACAUCUUGGUCGUUGGUAUUACAUGGCACCAAGUCUAAUCCUAUUAAUUUGAAGUCAGAUGUAGGCAGAUCAACUCCUCCUACUACACCUGUCAUGUCAACUAUACCUCCUAAAAAUUGUCAUGAAGAGUGCCUUGGGUCUUGCACAGGAACUGGACCAGAAGAUUGCCUAGCUUGUAAACAUGUCAAGUUAGAGAGUAGUGGGACUUGUCUGCUGACCUGUCCAACAGGAACCAGAGAAUUCCAAUCAGUGUGUUUACAAUGUGAUGCUAACUGUGAAUCUUGUUCUACUGUAUUUAAUAAAGAAUUAUGUAUGAAGUGUAAAGAUGGCUACUUAAUGAUUGAGGGAGAAAACCGUUGUCUCACAUCUUGUCCAGAAGGUUACUUUAGAGACAACCCCUCUGUUGCUGUAUGUAUGAAGUGUAGCAGCACAUGUGCCACAUGUAUUGUAACUGAGGACAUGUGUACCAGGUGUCCCGUAGGAAUGAUCCUUAAUAACAACACAUGUAAAAUGCCAAAAGUCAUUUGUAAUUCAGGAGAAUAUAAAGAUUCUAACAAUCAUUGUCACAAAUGUCUUCCUGGCUGUGUGGAGUGUACCAGUGGUGAUUUCUGUACUGAAUGCCAGCACAAAUGGAUUAUGUACAACAACAAAUGUCUGGAGUCCUGUCUAUCUGGUUACCUACAGUAUAUUGUGACAACAUCAGAUAAUCAGUUAAAAAGAGAAUGUAGAAAAUGUCUAAAAGAUGAUUGUAAAUCUUGUGAAAAUGGAUUUUCUAGGACCCUAGAAGGUUGUGUAAAGAAUAAACAAUGUGAUGAAGAAUUUUAUUUUGAUUUUACUUUAAUGGAGUGUUCUAAGUGUCACUAUUCCUGUGAGACAUGUGAACGUAUUGGAUCUCAGGGAUGUACAUCAUGUAAAUCUCCAAGGGCUUUCAGUUCCUAUCUACAUGCAUGUUUACCAUGCUGUGAGCCAGGGAAGCAACCCUCUGACUCAUGUUGUAACUGUGAUAUUAAAAAAGAAAAGUGUUUACUUAAUGCACAAAAAGGAGAAAAUCUUGAUUUAUUGGCAGACAAAAGACAAACUAUCAUGAUAAUUGUUGUCGCUGUUAUAUGUUUGAUUGCAGCAGCAAUAAUUGGUGGUCUAGUCUUCUUAAUUUACGAACUCACGUCAAAACGUAAGACGCAGGACGGUAAAUAUAAACUCUUACCUAAAUCUGACGAGGAUGACGCUGAUGACGAAGACGAUAUACCAAUCAAAGGUGGUUUUCCUAGGCAGUCUCUAAAAGCUUGAUUGAUUAAACAGUAUUAAAUACAAAUUAUGCAUUAAGAAAAUAUUGAAACAGCUAAACUGGCAUAAUUUAUUUAGCGGAGGGGGCAUUAAGUUUUAGUUACCCUGGUCCAUCUUUUCAUUAUUCUUUGGUCUCAAUUUGAUAAAAUCAUUGCCAACAUGAAUAGGUCAUUCAAAUCAAAACUUUCACUUUGCCCCUGUUGAUUUUGAAUAAAACAGACAAUUAUUUUCCCCCGUAAACUUCAAAAAUUAAAAGAAGAUGAUUAAAAAAAUAUUAAACUUUCAUUGCCAGUUUAACACCAUAAUGCAUUCCAAUAAAUGGGUAAAAAAACAAAAAUCAAAAUAUAAGGUGCAUUGUUAAUUUUUUUUUUCUUCAUGAAAAGUUGUAUAAUUAUAUUUUGUACUGAAUUGCUUAUAUAUUACUGUAUCAAAGAUUGAGGUGCCAAACAAAAGGAACAAACAAAUAAGAACUGAUUACAUAAUAGCUGAAGUGUAGAAGACUUAUAAAAACACCUAUUUGAUCUCGGUUUUGAUAGCUGAAUGAUAUAGGUUACUUCUUAAUAUUUACAUGUACGAAUUACAUAGCCAUUUAGCAAAGCUUUGGUCUUAUGUUACUGAGUUCAUUCAAAGAAAUGAUGAUUUGAUUUAAAAAGGUAAAAAUUUCUGUACCAAGUAGACUUCAUUUUAUUUUUGCUUUUUAAGUUUUUGCAUUCCAAUAAUUUUCUCUUGACUGGAAUCAUAGGUCAUUUAAAACAGUUGUUUCCUUAUCAAAAGAGUUGACAGCUAUAUGAAAUAUUACAAAAUGUUAGAAAUUUUUAUUUGAUGUAUAUAAAUAUAGUAAAUCUUUAUCAAGGGAUCAUGUUAAUUUUUUUUGAGAGAAGUGAUAUCCAAUUAUCUAUGUACAUGUAGCUGCUAGCAAUAUGGGAUAUGGUUAUCAACAAUACUACAACAAUGUGAUUUUUACACAGCAAUUUUUUGUGUGUUCUUUGUUUUAUAGUGUUCAUAUUCUGUGUGAAUCCAGUUUAUGUUAAAUUUUAUUUUUUGUUGUUAUUAAUUAUAUAGCGAUUAUUUAAUAAAUAAAUAAUUGAUAACCUUGCAAUGAUAUUUGUUGAAUUGAAUGCUUAUGUGUCUGAUUAAUGAUUGUAUAUGUAUAUUUUUGUUUAGCUGUGCAGGAGCGCAGGUUUUGUUUUAUUGUUUUGACAUGAAUUUAUUGACAUUUCAUUGUUUUCUUAUAUGAUAUUCUGAUCGGAUAUGUUAAGUAAUAAAUAUAAUGUAAUUCCAUAAGGAAUAUUUUAAAUCUAUUGUCAUUUGUUUUCAAACAUUUUGAUUUUAUGAGAUAAAUCAUUGUUUAGAAUUCGCCUUUUCAGAAUCUAAAGGAUUGUGGGUAAUUUCAUUGUUUGUACACCAAAAUGAAAUUAAUGUUGAGUAUGUUUUAAACCAAUCACAACAUUUUGGUGUACGCUUUUGAAAAUAUUACCCAGAAUGCAUUAGAUUCUAAAAUAGAAUUGGAAAAUUCAAUGAAUGUAAAAAAAAUCCAUUAAUUUAAGGGCCAAGUACUUACAACUUGCACAUUAUAAUGUGUUUGCUAUUUUAAAUUGUUAAUUUUUUUCGUCUUUAUCUUUUGAAAAACACAUUUUUUUCUGAAAUCCUUUUAUAUUUUGAAUAAAAUUUUGUGUCUACCCAUGAUGAUUGAUCAAUCCAGCCAGGAAUAUUUCAAACUGACUUACAGGAACAAUGUUAUUUUCUGUAUGAUAUAGAUACAAGCUGGAGUAAAAUGGGGUUAUUUUUUUUGUUCAAAUUUAGGUUUAAUAUCCUGGUGGUAUAAUUAAACUGAUAAAAAAAUUGAAUUAAAAUCACUAAUUUGAUGAUCUAGCUUGAUUGUCAGGAUUAAUACGAAUAUUUUUUUUUAUUAAGAAGUUAUUAUUAAAAACAUGAUUUAUAAUUGUUGUUGCAUGGGCUUUCAUUUUUGAAUAUGAUGCUUUGAGUAUCAUAUCUAUUGAAUUGUAUGCCAUUAUUAUUUCAUAUGACUUUUCAAUUAUAUGCCUGAUUUGUAGUUAUUGACAUAUUUGUGUUUCGGUUAAAGAUUGUCUUGAUUGGUUGUAUCUCCUAUGUAUAUUACAGACAUACCAGUUUUGAUGAUCUUAAGGUUAAAUUUUUAUUUUUUUUGUGGUUUACCCAACUGCAUCACUCAAUUUCAAACCUGUUGUUUAUUGACUUCCUGCUUGACAAUGCAUGCAUUUCCUUCAAAUGCAGUACUACAUAUUUGAAAAAAAAUCUUGUCACAUAUCUACCCUCUGUUGGCAGCUUCUGAAGGAAAGGAAAGAAGCUGAGGAAGGUCAUUCAUUGUUGAUAGUAGCCCACAAAACAUCUGGUAUUUACUAGUUACAAGUAUUGGCAUCCAUAGUAUUUAAUAGACCAAUUCAAAUUUCUAAAGUUUGGAAUUAUGUGACGUUUAACUAAUUAUGUAUAAAAAAAUAAGACUUCAGUUAUCAAAUCUCAUUUUGAAAAAUUCUCUUUCCACUUACACCAAAUAAGAGCAAUCCAGCUAGUCUAACACAUCAAUAUAUGAACAAUGUUCUUCUUACAGAGAAGUGCCUUUACAACUUCCAAUAAAACUAUGAUGAAGACAGCAGAAGACAAUUGAAAACAAAUAUUUACUUGUUUUGAAUAAAAUUGUUAUGAUCAACUAAUUAUUGUGUUGUCCUCAAAAUAUAUUUGUAUAAAUGUUUGAAAAAAAUGUAUGUGUGAUGUCUUUUGAUUGUUAUUUCAAUAGAAAAAGUACAAGCAUUUGUGUUUAUUGUUGGAGUAUCUGUUUUAUAAAAUAAUAUUAAAAGAUAAUAUAUCAUUGGUUAAUAUAUAUGUUACAUGUGUAUUUGUCUUCAAACACCUUUCCAGAUUAGAAUUGAAUUAUUAAUUAUAAUUGUGAUAAGGGGCACAUUAUUAAGGGUAUGGUUUUAGUGUACCUUAGGUAAUUGAACAAAUGCAUGCAAUAUAUUACAUGUAAUAUAAAAAGUCCAUUAUUGGUGAAGAAUUUUGUGAAAAUGUCCAUAUUUUAUUUUGUUAUAAAUGUCAGCCUGUAGGAUCAAAGUCAGCAGUUUUUCUGGCAGACUUGUUUAGUUGAUGAAAAUGUUGAUGCAACUGAUACAAGUUACUAAAUGAUGAAUGCUCAGCCUUGCUGGACAUUUUCUAAAGUUUUAGCCCCUAUACUCCCCAAACUAAAAUUGAAUCUUUGUGCUUGAACCUAGCGUAUGGGAAUUUUGGCGCUUUAUUCUAUUAAGAAACAGAAUAAGUAUCUGAACUCAAAAGAUUUUUUAAAUUGAACCUGGAUUUACAUGUUCUUCUAAAGAAGUAGAGAAUCUCGUAGAAUACAUAUUCUACAAUUUCAUAAUUGUAUGUGUUUGUUAUUUAAAAAAGAGCUUUAUUAUGAUUUGACUGAUAUGUUAUCAGAAUGAAUGCUUUAUUUUGAACAAAUCUUAAACAGUUUAUACUACGUAUAGAUGUGCAAUCACUUCAUUGUGUAAAUAAAAUCACUAUUUUCAUAA